UGAACCCACAGCUGAAUGCUGUGACUUUGAUGUUCCUCCCUCCGAACGCCACUGCCAAGCUCCAACCCCUCGACAUGGGGAUCAUCAGAAAUUUCAAAGUGUGCUACCGCCGCCGCGUCAUCGAAAGGCUGCUCAUCGCAAUCGGCCGACCAAGUGCGCGAGGGCCUCAGCUGACAAUUUCUCUCAUGAACGCGGUGGAAAUGCUGAAGGCCUCCUGGAUGGAAGUCAGGUCUGGCAGCAUCAAGAACUGCUUUCGAAAAGCUGGGAUUUCGUUUUCUCCUGCGGAGCAAUCUCCUGCGGAAGCAAGCCAAGACGAUGCGCAAAGCAUCGACUCGACCCUGUGGACCCAAGCCGUUGCUGCUAGUCUGACAGAGGAAGGGCAGACGUGGGACGACUUCGUUGACGCCGACGAAGAUGUCAUCGUCUCGGAGAGCGCCUCCGAUGAAGCUAUCGUGCGGGAGGUGCGGCAGGACAUCGCGGCGUCCGACGACGAAGAGGACGACGAAGACGACGUCGGCGAUGGGGUUGCUCCCUCACCUCCGGUUUCGACAGCGACGGCUUUGGGGCACAUAGCUUCGUUGAAGCAGCUGGUGUACGCACGGGGACUGAGCGAUGUUCACAUCGAUCAGCUGAGCAACCUGGAGAGCGCUAUAAUUGGAUCUGCACUGCGGAAGCAAACAGCGAUUACGGACUUCCUUGAAUAAACGCCAUGCACAUCGAUCGCAGGUGUUGCGCUUUCCAAUCCGUGCCGUGCUUACUUAUUUAUCUUGAAUUUUAAGGGUAAGUCCAUUUAUAACGAACUUCUCUUUGAGCGAACGCGUUUCGUGUUGUAGAAGGGUUCGUUGUA